CAUCAGGAGGGGGCAGUAGAGCGGGUAAAGUGUUUUCCUUUGGCACACAAAAUCCUCCAGAGCGGCGCGGAUUUCCUCGAUUUUGUUAUCAGAUUUCCCUUGAAUUACAAUGUCCACAACGUCUAAAGUGGUAUUCAUCGGGGCCUGCAUCUGUACCGGCGGGAUAAUAGGAUACGUACACUACAAACAGACCUCCGACAGAGCUAAACUUCACGAGGGAGUGAUAAGAGACAUCCAGCGGCAGCAGCAACGCAAGAUCGAAAACACCUACAAUCUUCAGCAGCAGAUCGAACUGACUAAACAGUUGAAACAGGAAUUGGAGCAAAGAGAGAGCCAAGCGGCACGUGCCAUGGAACACAAAUCGUAACCGCGCUUCCGAAUUGCUAUAGGCUAGCGCAUAUAUGCCUCAUUGUUACUAUAGUCUUAGCUGUAUUGUAAAUCAGUUUAUUUUAAUUGAAUGACAAGAGAAUUACUUAAGUUUUUGAA